UUUUAUAAAUCUGCCCAAAAUGUGGGCAGGACGGAGGUUUGAUGACACUUGUAGUGAGGAACAUAGGAGGCAAAGCUCAAUUCCAUGUGCUUAGGGGUCAGAUCCCAUAACUCAGAUAGACUUUGGCUGAGAAUGUCCUAAAAUUAUUUAUGCAGUAGCGCCAAGCUUUAUAUUUACCUCACUGACACAUCCCACAAACAGUCUGUUGUUGCUGCUGCUGGGAGCCCAGAACUAUGGGACUAUGGGACAUCUGAAGUGUAACAACUGACUCUACUUCUUGUGUCCCAGCUGCUGCUGCUCUUCCCGGACUAGAUCUCAGCCUCUCUAGCACAAGAGUUACUUCUCCAUUUCCCCUCACAGCUCCAGCAAAUUCCAUUAAACCCUUGUUCUUACACAGCAGUAAACUGGCUGCUUCAUGCAACUGUGGUGCCCAGUGUGGGUGAUGUUUGCCUCUUAAAGGCAUAGGCACGUAAUGCACUCACUCUCCUCAUAUCAACUUCCCAGUCACCAUUUUGCAUAGAGGGAUAUUGUUUGUAUGUAAAGAGGGACCCAUCUCAUAACGACACCAAUCAGCAUGGAGGCCACCAACCCCUAUGUGACCGUGCAAGCACCCAGUGAAAGGGAGCAGGUAGGAGCGGCUGAGCUCCCAGUCCCCACUUGCCCUAUUUCAGAGCCCUCUGCGGGGUUGAUAUGUGAAGGCACCCAGUGGUUGAGCAAGCAGAGGUCGCUGCGUGUGGUCUAUGUACUGAAUGACAGCCCAAAGUCAGCCAUGGGGGGCAGCCCGGAGUCUGGGGCGCUGCAUUGCCUGCGUCGAGCCUGUGAGGGAGAAGGGGCGCAUCUCAGUAUCGUCAACUUUGGGGAGCUGGACUUUGGGGAAACUGCUGUUCUGGACACCUUCUAUGAUGCAGGCCAAAUACUUUUUAUUUGAACAUUAAAUCAACAUCACAGGCACCAAAGACCUGUAUGGAUCUAAUGACUGAGACCUGUACACCACACAUGACAAGGACCAUUCAAUCUGUCCGGUGACCCAAUCCAUCCCAUAACUGGAUUAUCUGCAACUGGAACUGUUACCCACUGGCAAUAAAGCAGAAGUGGCCUCAUUGUAGGCUGGAAGUGGUGUUAUCCGAGAGUGAGAGAAGUGAGAAAGAGUCAUUGAAGCUUGUGCCUGUAAAUCCUAAAAUGUUAAAUCUUUGCAUUUGUGUAGGCAGCCAUCCUUCUGCCAGACUUGGCCAUGAUAUUUUUCUUUGUACUAUUCACAAUUCAUGAAUUUGCCUUGCAGAUGUGUUUGAUAACUCACACAGCAAUGGUUAAUGUUACCUUUGUGCAAUAUUCACGAUAUUAAAGCAGUUGUGAGCUUUUAUAGUAACCAUGUGAUUCAUCCACUAGAUGGUGCAAGGUUAUCAGUUGGGUUGCUAAAAGAAUUAAAGUGGGCAAAAUGGUUCUUGGAUCCACUCCCCAGUUUAUUAUACAUAAUUAAGACAUUUCACAAGUUUAUUUGGGAUUAAUAUCAUCAAUGUCCAGCACCAGUGAGGUUGUCAUUCAGCAGUAAGACUGUCCCAUGGAAUAGAUUUGCUUCUCUCUUCAGAAAGGCAGUAUGUAGCUUUAUACAAAGGGCAGGACACAUUAAGGGUCAUUUAUACAGUAGAUCUAUGGGGAGUUGUGCUAGAAAUCUAGGAGGGGGUACAAGAGUGCGUCAUUAAGGGUUGGACUCCACGAGUGAUCUUGUCGCGAUCAGACACUCUACGACAAAUCGCAUGCGACAAAAAUAAGGUAAUAGAAUUGUCGCAUAGUGUCACAGCGUUGAUCCCUCACUUAUGUCGCGUCGGAUCAACGCUGCGACAAUUCUAUUACUUACCUUAUUUUUGUCGCAUAUGACAAGCUGCCUGCGUUUUGUUGCAGCGCGCCGGAUCGAGACAAAAUCGCUCGUGAAGUCCUACCCUUAGAGAUACAUUUAUCAAAGGUCAAAUGUUGAAUUCAGGUGAGUUUUUUUAAACUUCCAAAGAUUGGACUAGUCGAAAUGUAUUAAUGACAUCUAAUUAAUAAAACUUGAACAAAUUUAACAAAUUGAAUUAGAUCAGACUCAAUUUGAGAUUUUUCUAUGAAAGGAAGGCUGCAGACAUCUCCAAAUUAAUCCCUGGACCUCUCCUAUUGACUUAAACAGCAAUUCAGCAGGGCUUUUAGGUGGCAAAUAGUCUUAAAGGGCCAGAGUAUGAUAAAUAUUCGAAAAUCAAAUUAAAAUUUAAACAAAAAAUGAAUCGAAUUUGCAUAACUCUCCAGUUAAAUCUGACAGUUUUGACCAUAAAAAAAAUGUGACCGUUGAUAAAUCUGACCCUUAGUGUUAAUCAAACAAGCACUUGCGCCCUAGGGAAGGCUGAACUGUGUUUGUUGUGCAACUGAAGAUUGGGCACAAAGAGUGUGUUGUCACAUAAAGGCACACACACAAUUUAGUGGACCGGGGGAUGAUAACAUCUUCGAUAGAGCACUGCCUAACACAGACAGAGAGGAGUCCGGACUGGAGGAAACCAGCACUUUUUUUUGAUGCGCGACAAUUCACAAUUUCACCCACUGGAGUCUAUAGACGAAAAAUUUCCCUCAUCACUAGUGGGAAUUUCUCCACAGCAAUUUUGCUUCACAUGAGCUGGGGAGAUUGGGGACCUACUGUAGAAAGACCAGAUAUAGUUGUAGCCGAUACCCACAAAGUAUUCUGUUCUGGAGAACAAACACACACAGAGGAUGUAGAAAGGCACCAGGCAACACUAUGUCGUGUACGUAUUUAGAAGUUUAUUAUAUAAAGGACUGCGUUUUCCUUAGAGGAUUACAAAACAGUUGACGUGAAAUGUACAAGCCGCGAUCACCGUUUCGGUUUAUCAGAUCACACAGAGUACACGUUGGGAUUCAUUGGAGAUUGUUCAUAGGUAGGAGAGUUGGGCUAUUCAUCUUUAUUCUUGUAGCACUGGAACGUUUCAUCUCUGUAAAAGCAUCAGUUAUCCACUUUCCAAAUGACCACAAACUCCUGGAAUAUGAUUAUAAACGUACAGACAUGCCAAGCUAAAGAGUCUAAUAGAAAGAAUGAUUGUACAUAAGUGUAGAAAAAUAUUCUCUAUAUUUUUUUUUUUUU